AUGAAGUCGACAGACUACUUGGACAUGGUCGAGUCGAAUUUGCCUGAGAACUUUGCGAAAUUGGCGCUUCCGAUCGACUUUGAGUUUCUCCAAGACAACGCGCCCAUUCAUAAAACCAAGAUCAGUUGUAUUGACACUGUCUCCGUGGAACUCAUUGACCUAGUCAAGCACUACCGUGUGUCCAUGGCCCCGCUGUCCUUCAGUCCUCUGGAUACGAUUUUCCGUCUGCUCUGGGUGACCACUGCUCUGCCGCUACUACCCAAACUCAAACUCAACUCGCAGCUGUCAAACAUGGCCCAAGUGAUUACGCAAGCCGAUGGCUCGGCAAGUCCUGCUUCUACUGCGGCGUUGCUGAUCACAUGCUUCCUGUGUGCCCUACCCUCAAGUGCCCGCAACAUUAUGCGUCGUGUCUUUGACCGCACUGCCUUUGACAAACAUGGCUCUGCCUCCCAAAACAAAUACGCGAUUAUGUCGCCCCGUUGCGUCCAUUUCAACGUCCUCGUGACGACCGCGAUGAUCCCGAUGGGCAUAGUUGCAACCAGGGCUCUAAUAGCCAACAUGGAGGGGACCAAGAUCCUCUAG